UGGACGGCAUGGUUGCUGUAGCUCUUUCGAGUUUUGACACAGAGGUUGCAUGAAAACUAUAUCUGAUAGAUGAUAAGAUAAGUAAUCAUAAGUAAUUAAACACGUAAUAUCUUAGUAUUCUAUUGUAAAUAUUUAGAAUUCGAGCAAUUUUCGUAACUACUGUUAGUUAAUAUUAACAUGGCUUCAACUGAACUUGACUGGGGCGAAUACGUAGACGAACAUGAGAAAUUAUCUGCGAAGGUGUCAGGUUUGAAUUUAGACAAGCAAGUGAAAGAAAAUGCAGUGGAGACAGAGUCCAAGGUUUCUGAUGAUUCCACGGAGGAACAGAUUUCACCUGCAGAGAAGUCGUUGCUUCAAAAGAUUAUACGCAAGGGUUUGGUAGAAUCAACGAAAGACAUAGAAAUCCAGAGGAAAGAUCCUGCAUCACCUUUGUACAGUAUUAAAUCGUUUGAAGCCCUUCACCUUAAACCGGCAUUAUUAAAAGGAGUAUACAAUAUGGGGUUUAAUGCUCCAUCAAAAAUUCAAGAAACUGCAUUGCCCACUCUACUUGCCGAUCCACCUCAGAAUAUGAUUGCUCAGUCACAGUCCGGAACUGGGAAAACAGCAGCAUUUGUGUUGGCGAUGCUCAGCAGAGUGGAUACAAAUAAAAAUUAUCCGCAAGUGCUUUGUUUAUCACCGACUUAUGAAUUAGCUAUACAAACGGGAGAAGUGGCAGCGAAGAUGUCUGUUUAUUGUAAAGAAAUAAAAAUCAAAUACGCCGUAAGAGGAGAAGAGAUACCCCGUGGUACAAAAAUCGAAGACCACAUCAUUAUUGGCACACCAGGGAAAGUAUUAGACUGGGCAAUCAAGUUCAAAUUCUUCAACUUAAGCAAAAUAUCAGUUUUUGUCCUCGACGAAGCAGACGUAAUGAUCGCGACGCAGGGUCAUCAAGAUCAGUGCAUUCGUAUUCACAAACAAUUACCACGCACGUGUCAAAUGAUGUUCUUCUCCGCGACGUACGAGGCCGAAGUAAUGAAAUUCGCAGAAAUAAUAGUCAAUAAUCCUUUAAUAAUAAGAUUAAUGAAGGAAGAAGAAAGUUUAGAUAAUAUCAAACAGUACUACGUGAAGUGUAAGGAUUUGGAUGAGAAAUACGCGGCUAUUACUAAUAUAUACGGAGUUAUAACAAUAGGACAAGCAAUCAUUUUCUGUCAUACUAGAAAAACGGCGAACUGGUUAUCAGAGAAAAUGACAAAAGAUGGCCAUGCAGUGGCCGUAUUAUCUGGAGAUUUGACCGUUGAACAAAGAAUUUCGGUUCUCGAUCGGUUUAGAGGUGGACUCGAAAAAGUACUUAUCACAACUAACGUGUUGGCUAGAGGUAUCGAUGUUGAGCAAGUAACGAUAGUGGUGAAUUUCGACUUACCGAUGGACCAAAACCGACAAGCAGAUUGUGAAACAUAUCUGCACAGAAUCGGACGAACGGGACGGUUCGGUAAAUCUGGUAUCGCCAUUAAUUUGAUAGACUCUCCGCAUGCGAUGCAACUAUGCCAGGAUAUAGAAAAACAUUUUGGGAAGAAAAUACAGUACCUUGACACAGAAGACGCGGAUGAAAUAGAAAAGAUCGGAGCCUAGAUUAGCAUGCAAGGUACAGUUAUAUAUACAUGUAUCGAAUAUAAGUAAUUAUAUUAAUUUAUACGAACGUAUAUAUAUACUGUAAUAUUCCGAAAAAGAACAUACACUCGUAUUCUUAAUUUCGAUUCUUUGUAUUUCUUUUCCAAUAGCGCAUAUUACGGAAAUAGUGCACGUUUAUACUUUCCUUAAUACUUUUAUAGUACUUCUAGUACGUAACUGAAAUAUGCCGAUUGGACCGAGAAUAUACAUAGAAUUUUAGAAAUAAAACGUAUAAAGAAAUAUUUUUAUAUGUUGCACAAGAAAUGUUCUUUUUCAUUGACUUUUAUCAUAUAAGAAGAAAUGUAUAAUUCAUCGAAGUAUGCUCAUCCUAUGUUUUCAUUUUAAUAAAGUGUGGAAACUGUCGAAUCAUAGACCUCCGUCAUUAAAUAUUAUUAAGAUGUCACUGAACCGUA